GCGCUCUCCACCUCCCAGCGCGGGGCGGCACCGUCGCGGGCCGAUGACGCGCGCGGGCGGCGCGGAGGGUGCCCGGGGAUUCCCCGUGUUGUUGUCCUGGGGCCCGGCGGGAUGGGCGGCUGCAGCGCGGGGCGGCGCGGCCGGCCCUGAUGGCGGCUCGCUGGGCGGCCCACGGCUCCGAGCCGGGGCUGGAUGAGUUCACCGUCCCGGCGGAGAAGAGCCGCCUUCUGGAGGGGAGCCUGGGCCGCAUCGAGGGCUUGUUCGAGGUGCGGCUGGCCGUGUUGGGGGCACAGGGGGACUGGCGGCCCGCCAUCCUGCCGCCGGGCCCGCCGUCCGCCGCCGCCCGCAUCUGGGUGCAGCUGACGGGCGGUGGGAAGGCCGUACGCAGCGCCAAGGAGUAUAUUAAGGGACUUUGUGAACCUGAACUAGAAGAAAAGGAGUACUACCCAAAGGACAUGCACUGCAUCUUUGUUGGUGCACAGAGUCUGUUCCUCAACAGUCUUAUUCAGGAUACCUGUGCUGAUAUAACAGUGCUGGAAAUAGGAUUGCUCAGUAUUAAAGGGGGUGCAGAAGCUGUUGUUAUGGCUCAAAGUCACAUUCAGCAGUUUGUGAAGCUUUUUAAGAGUAAUGAAAGCUUAUUAAGCGACAAUGAGUCAGGGAUUAAAAAGCAAUUCAGACAAUUUGUGGAAGCACAUGCAGAUAAAUAUACAAUGGAUUUACUGAUUUUGCCUAGCUCACUAAAAAGAGAACUCCUAGCUCUCACACGAACUGAAUGUUGUGAAGUGGAGAGCGAUAUCAUAGAUCUUACGGGUUCUGAAAGCCCAACAGAGUUUUUACAGAACAAAGCCUUCAAAGUAAUUGCUACAAACAGAGAUGGAAGAGCAGAUGGUGAGGAAGCAAGAAACAAUGCCGGGACACCUGUAACUGAGCUUACAAAGCAAAUGGACACUGUGUUUUCUGAUGCUCCUGAAACAAGUUUUGUUCCCAUAAAUGUUGUGCCUCUGUUAGAAGUAGAGGUGUCUAAAGAAAGACAGUCAUGUAAACGAAGAUCCUCUGAUGAUGAGGAAAGGCUCCCUAAAAAGCAUUUCUCUUUGGAAAAUGAUCAGGAAGUAAAAUCCGCUUCAGACAGCAACGCAGUUAUUGAUCUGCUUUCGGAUGGCUGCAGUGAAUCAGAUGAUCCCAGUUACUGCCUUAAAGAAGGUGAUGAUAUCAGUGAGGAAAUGGAAUAUAAGAUUCUUGUGAACUUUUUCAGAACAAUGGGGUAUUCCCAAAAUAUUGUAGAAAAAGUUAUUGGUAUCCUAGGACAAUCUGUGGAACCGUUAACAUUGCUAGAAGAAAUUGAAAAGGAAAACUUAAAAUUUCAAAAAGAAAGUGAACAGUCAUCUCAAAAGCCCAGAACUAUCAAUCCUCCUUUAGGAAGUAAUGCAGAAAAUUCACAAAAGCUAGAAGACAAAGGCAUUUCUAGGAAUAAAAGUCCACUUAAAUCCAAUCAUACUACAAAGGAGACAAAAAAGGAGUAUCACAAAGUAAGAGAUUCACCAGGCAUGCAAGUUGAUGCAGAAGACAAAAUGCAUAUGUUGGUAUGCAAACCUCCUUCUCCUUCCAGAAAAAAUUCAGCUAUAUGCUGUAAACAGAGAGACAUUUAUUGCCCUGGUAAGAAUCACAGUUCAAGGUCAAGUGAUAUAGAAAUCGAUGGUGGUGUAACUUUCAGCACUAUACAAGCUGGAGCUCUAAAAGAAGUUGAUUUUGUAGCCAGAGGGAGCUCAGAUGUGCAGCGUAUUUCAAGUAAGACUAAAACUGCAGUUCAGCAAAAAUCUGCAAGGCCCUCAACUGUACAGAAUAGUCAUCAUGGUUUUGAGGACCAAUUAGGACACUGCAGCUCUUCUUCUCAAGUGAGAUCUCUCAACCAAUGCCAAACCUCAAAUUCUGAAAAUCCUAUCCCAGACCAGGUGUUGUCUUCACAAAUACAUCUUUCAAAUACUGAUAGAGAGACAGUGGGACCACACAGACGUCAUCCUGAUCCUUCAGUUACUGGAGUUCAAAGAUUUUUGGAAUCUCUGAAAAAGCCAUACAAACUGGAGUUGAAAAAUGAACCUGGGAAACCCUAUUUAAAACAUAUCAUUAUAGAUGGAAGCAAUGUUGCAAUUUCUCAUGGUCUAAGGAAAUUCUUCUCCUGUCGAGGAAUUGCAAUAUCUGUUGAUUACUUUUGGAAACGUGGCCACAGAAAUAUUACCGUAUUCGUUCCACAGUGGAGAACAAGACGUGAUCCUUACAUUACAGAGCAGGAUUUCUUAACACAGCUCCAGGAUGUUGGAAUAUUGUCUUUAACCCCUGCAAGGAUGGUUUUAGGAGCAAGAAUUGCUGCUCAUGAUGACAGGUUUUUAUUACACCUUGCUGAUAAAACUGGAGGUGUUAUUGUGACUAAUGAUAACUUCAGAGAAUUUGUGACAGAAUCACGUGCCUGGAGAGAAAUUAUUCAAAAAAGGUUGCUCCAGUACACUUUUGCUGGUGACAUAUUUAUGGUUCCUGAUGACCCUUUGGGAAGAAAUGGACCCAGGCUAGAUGACUUCCUUCGAAGUGAAGGCUGUUCUAGAGAUUUUCGGUCAGCACAAAAGGCUUUACAGAGCAGUGGACAAUAUUCUUCUGAGACGCCUUUCUUCAUGCCAGUCUCCAGACCAACCAGUAGCAGUCAACAGCCUAAAAACAGAGUACAUGGUGAUCGUUCAUCAACGUGGCUUCCUCUGGAAACAGACAUACAGGCUUGUCUAGCAACUCCACCACAGAGAUCUGCCUCAGAAACAGUACAGCUAAGAGAAGCCCUGAUAAAAAUUUUUCCUGAUUAUGAGCAAAGACAGAAGAUUGAUCAAAUACUAGCUGAUCAUCCAUUCAUGAGAGAUCUUAAUGCACUGUCUGCCAUGUUGCUUGACUGAAUAUUUUACAGUGUUUUUAUAUCACAACUGAUAGUGACUAACUUUGAAUAUCAGCGUGAAGAAAAAUGUUGCUCUAUUAUGUUACUCUGUGAAUAUUCAGAACCUAAUUUUACUUGUAUAAACAAAGAUAUUUUUUGUGUAUGUUCUGUUGCUAAUAGAUGCCAGUUUUUGGUAAAUUAAAAACUGCUGCUACUACAGAUUUGUAAUAAUACUUUCUAUGAAAAAAAAAAACAACAAAUCCUCUGCUUCACUUGAAUUGCUUGUUAGAGCAGUAGCAGUUCUAAAGAACUGUUACCACUUUAAACAGCAUGUUAGCACUUUUUAAAAACCCCUUUCCUCAAAAGGUAAAAAUCACGUCAGAGGCUUAAAAUUUACUCUUACAGCUUCAGAUAUAUUUUUCCAGAUGCAUGCAUAACAUACUAUAACAUAAGCCAUGCACCUGUCAGAUAUCAUUGUUGGUGUUUGUAUCUAGAGUAUAGAUGUUCUUAGAAAACCUAUACUCUACUAGUACCACCUUCACUUACGAACUUUGAAAUAUUUCUCCGUGGAAAUAAAACAGACCCGUUUAAUAUUUUCAGAUAUGAAGAUUUCUACAUAGUGUAUAUAUGAACCUACUUUCCUUAAGCCUGCAUUGUGGAUUUUGGAAAUAGGCUAUAGUUUUCCAACUGGACAUCAGUUUGAAGAUCGGUGUAUAGGAGCAGUGGAUGUUCGAUGUAUCAUUGAAGUACAGUCACAAGGUGGCGUUAUGCAACUGUUGGUUGGUAGUGAUCAGCAGGAAGGCUUCUGGCAUUCUGAAGUGCUUGUUCUUAUAUAAAGAAAGAUUAAAUGCAAGAUGGAUAAAAGUAAUUGUAAGAGUGUUGUGGAUAAAAUUGUGUAUUAUAUGAAUAACUUACGGAUACUAAGCAGCCUUCUGAUAUUACAGGCAGCUGAGAAGCUUUGUAUAUAUGGGUGGAAGUGCCCAUGGAAUGAAAAUAAACCAAGAAAAUCCAUUUGCCUGUUCAUUCAGGUUGAGAGAUACUAUGCUAGAGUAGUUGAGAGGGAAGGUUUCAGUUAGAAAGUGUAAAUUCACAACUUUCCUUAAUAGAAGAUAUUUAUAAUGCUUUAAAAGAUCCGUGAUACCUACCUUGCUUUUUAAAUUGGAAAUUCUUCUGACCAUCCAGAAUAAUUUUAGUAUUUUUAACAACCUGUGCUGUUACCCGUUUGUCUUUGCCCUACCUGUUCUAAAUCUCAGUGCUGUGAUAAGCUAUGAACAGAAUGUGAUGCUGUUUAUAUAGAAAUGGCAUACUGUCUCGUGCAGAGCUAAUACACUGCAGUUAACUGCCAGCUCCACCCCUUUAAAUCUGUUCUGGGAUCUAUCCCAAAAGUAAGGUGCAAAAAAACCCAUAAUUUAUGAAAGCUGACCAAUAGGAACACUUUCAAGAGCAGGAGCAAAGUGAAGAUUACUGUGGGUGUAUGUCUCUGUACACGCUUAAGUCUGUUAUACCUUCCUUUUAACAGGUUUUUGGUGCCAAGUGUUCACAUCAGUAAAAUCAAAUCAGACUGUAAAGAAAAUGUGGGCUACAGAGCCCAUGUUAAACUUCUGACGUAUUGAGCCUUGCCCUGAAGCGUAAGUAUAGUGGCUUUCUCUCCAGUUCCCUGCAUUCUGAAAUCAGUCUUUGCUUAAAUGCAAAAGAGCUGAAAUAUGCUGAGGAAAUAAGAGUGUUGAAAGUCUGUCAUCUUGCAUGACCCUUUCACAUGUAUUGUGAAGUCAGAAACAGAAGGCAAAGUCUUGAUCUUCCCUCAACAGGAGAAAACUGAAAGAUGAUUACAGCAAGAGCAAAAGAAAAGCAUUAGGAACAGUUAUUACAGCAUUUCAAAAACAUGAGGAUAAAGAAAGGUUUUAAAUAUGUUUCUACAUCCAAAUAGACAAAUCUUAAUUAUUUUUUUCUAUAAAAAUGAGUGGGAAAUUAGAUAGGCAGAGUCAUUCUGACCACCGUGUGUUUGCCAAGAAGCAGUGCUUGCCUACUAAGUGCUACGUGAGCACCAGGUUCUGUCCCCAUAAAAACUUUGUUACGUUCCUAAAGCCUGUUGUCACUGAUUGGAGUUGGUAUCACUUUAAUAAGUAGUAAGAGAAUAAAUUACCGCCAGUGAAGGGCUUUUCCUUAACAGGGAUAGGAUCCCACAGAGGACAGUGGUGGUGAAUUGGAUAAUUGUGCUUAGUUGUACAUUGGAGUGAGACAUAGGAACUUUGGGUCUGUUUUUUAAUUCCUAAUAAGCUCCUCUAGAGGCAAUCAGGAGAAUCAAGGAAAUGGAAAAUGUCUCCUUUGCACAUUAGUAUACUCAAACUGAAACCAGCUGUGCAGUACAGAAGUGCAGAUAAAUAAAUGUGGUUUUGUUCUCAUUUGUUUGUCACAAGGAAGGAAGAUGAUAAAAAUUGGAGUAUGACACUGCAGGAGCUGCAAAAGAUAAGUACCAUGUUGAUUACUAUCUAGUGUGGGAGACAUGGUGAAGUAUGUAAACAUUACUAGCUAGCAGUGGAUGGGGGAACUGUAUUAAUGCUAGUAGAUUUCACUUCUGUGCUAAACAUCCGAUUUGGAAGGAAUUAAAGAGGAAUGUAGCAUCAAAUGUUCAGCAGAGUAGUAGCUGAUCAUGUUUUCAUGACACAAGAAGCCUAGCUGGGAAUAGUAGCUAGCUAAAACCUGUAAAUUUACCAAGUUUUCCCAGAUAGAGGACAGACUUGACAAAUCAACUGAUUUUGGUGGCAGAAGCUUAUUGCGGGAUGUUAAAGCAAGCUGUCAACAGCUGAAGUUCCUGUAAAAUGAUACCAAUUGAGGCCAAAGGUUCUUUAUUUUCUGUUUCUCUUUUUUUAGGUUCUAUUGUCCCUUCAGCUUUGAGUUUUAAACACUGCAUCUCUGUUAACGAGGAAGAUGAAAAACAUAACCAGUAUGGUCUGAAUUUUCCUUGAGGGAAGUGGGUGGAGCUGUUGGCAAUGCUAUGGUAGAGGAACACCCAGGGUGGCAUCUCAACUGCACUUAGAACAAAACCAUCAGUGUCUUUCAGUUUUGUUUUCACUUGUUCUUAGUUCCCUGUUAGCCUACUUACUGCAAGUAUGGCUGUUCAUAAAAUCUGUAAACAGCCUCUCUCAGUGCACAAGAGAACUAGCACUACAUGAAACACAGCAACCAAGAAAGCUUUCAUGGGCCCAACAGAACAAGUUUUUUGUUUUGAUUUUUUUUUUAAUCACAAAAUAUGCUUUUUUAUACAAGAAAGUUGGUCUGUGAUUCUCCUUUAUCAACUGUACAAAGUGCUGAGUGGAAUGAGUAGAGGGAAAGGUCAAGUUGAAGUCCAAAUGUAGCUAGAAUGUUCCUGAUCCCUAGAAAAAACUAAUUUUCUGUGAUAUGGUAUGUAUCACUAAUACAGCUUUCAAUUUCUUGGUAUUUCCACUGAAAUGGGAAGAUAAAGGAAUAUAUUUUUGAUCUUGCUCAGAACUUCCCUGUUGUCUAGGGAAGAUGUUCAUAAUUCCAAGUAGAUACAACUACUUUUACCUGAACAGCCCUGAGUUUACUCAUGAUAGUAAAAAAGUGCCAAGACCCAGUAAUAAGCAACAAAAAACCCCAAUUCCUGGAUAUAUGUAUAAUCUCCUAGCUCCAUACAAAAGCAAUAAAAUGUCAUUAUCACCUGA